ACCAAGUUCAUUUAACACACACGCCAAAGUAACUGAACGAAGACAGACAGGAGCCUGUGGAGGCAGGUCUUACACCCGGGCUCUUCGCUUUGGAGAUUCGGGAUCGUUGUACUGUCGGGAUUCGGAGGUGGCAGCGACUCACUACGGCCCUGCUAUCCUGACGGAGUGAUCUUCAGAGGAGAUGAUAUGUUGAUCCAGACUCGGCUGUGCAGCAGACUGACCCAGCUAAGGAGGGUGUGGUCGAUUGAUCCAGGGCCAUUCAGCUGACGCUGUGAGAGAAGCCACGGGCAGUGGUGGUGUAGACGGGAAGGGCACAGGAAGCUGAGAUGGAGAGAACGGAGAGGAAGUAUGUCAACCGAGGAGAGGAGGAUGAGCUGGAGCUCUGGGGGUUCCUGCCCUCCACCUGUAAGCUACUGCUCGUCUUCCUAGGAGUGCUCUGCUCUGGGGGCUUCUUGCUUCUCCUUCUCUUUUGGUUGCCAGAAUGGAGCCUGCGUCUCACCUGCCGGGAGGUGCCUCUAAGCCAGGCUCGCUUCUUGUUGUUGCGCACCACGGAUGAGUUUGGUACCUGGUUCAGGGUUAGAGUGCUUACUCUAUUGACUCCUGGCAGUAAUCCUCUGGGACAUCCCAGAAAAGAAGAUCUGGCUUCUAAACUGAUGCAAGACAUGAAGAGUGAGAUCCGAUAUUUUCGACAUCAGAAUGUCCGCUACCUGUGGAGCCCAAAAGAGCAGAAUUUCACUCAGCUAUGUGCCCUGGAAAAGGGUACACAUUUAUCAGAUAUCUUCAACCAGCACAGCGAGGGCCUGUCCUCAGCCACACAGGAAUAUCGGAAGUUGUUUUAUGGAGCCAAUCAGAUUGAAGUGAAAGUGCCUUCUGUUGUAAAACUACUGGUCAAAGAGGUUUUAAACCCAUUCUACAUUUUCCAAAUCUUCAGUGUGAUACUCUGGUCUCUAAAUGAUUAUUAUUACUAUGCUUCUGUGAUCCUCUUCAUGUCAGUAGUCUCAGUCUGCACCUCCCUUUUCACUAUUCGUAAGCAAUUCAUUCUCCUUCAUGACAUGGUGGCAGCUCAUAAUGUGGUGCGCUGCACAGUGCACAGAGGCCAUAAUGAGACAGAAGAGAUUUUCUCAACUGACCUUGUUCCUGGUGAUGUUAUUGUUAUCCCAGCCAGUGGGAUGGUCAUGCCUUGUGAUGCAGCUCUGCUUAGCGGGACAUGCAUUGUUAAUGAGAGCAUGCUUACAGGAGAAAGUGUACCAGUGAUGAAAACUCAACUUCCUCAUCCCUCUUGCAAUGCAACAGAAACUCCAUAUCAGGAAGAUAUGUAUGAUGUGGAGCAGCACAAGCGGCACACCCUGUUCUGCGGGACUCAGGUGAUCCAGACCCGUUUCUACAUUGGUGAAUCCAUCCGAGCUGUUGUGAUCAGGACAGGCUUUAACACCACCAAAGGUCAGCUGGUCAACUCUAUCCUGUUCCCAAAACCUACUGACUUUCGUCUGUACCGUGAUGCCAUUCGUUUCCUUCUGUGCUUAGUAGGGGUGGCUGGAAUUGGUAUGCUGUAUUCAAUUAUCAACAGUGUCCAACAUGGGGAACUGGUUAGCGAGAUUAUUCUGGAUGCUCUUGACAUUGUCACCAUUGCUGUGCCUCCUGCUCUUCCUGCUGCAAUGACUGCUGGGAUAGUAUAUGCUCAGAACCGGCUAAAGAAGAAGGGUAUCUAUUCUAUCAGCCCACAGCGCAUCAAUGUGUGUGGCCAACUAAACUUGGUUUGCUUUGACAAGACUGGUACUUUGACAGAAGAUGGACUUGACUUAUGGGGUAUGCUUCGUGUUGAGGACAGAAGAUUUGGAACUUUGGAGCAUCAGGUUAUAAUGGAAGUCCAGCCAUGGUCGCACUUUAUUGUGGGAAUGGCAACAUGUCACUCACUUACAAAGAUUGAUGGCAAGCUCUCUGGAGACCCCCUUGAUCUGAAGAUGUUUGAGGCCACCAGCUGGAUCCUAGAGGAACCAUCUGCUGAAGAGACCGCACUUCAUGACCAAAUCAUGCCCACUGUAGUCCGACCUUCUCAGAGCAUGCCCUUAGAAAUGCAGCUUAACCCUGAUGAAGACCCUGACAUGAAAAUGAUCAUGAAUCAAUAUGAGGUUGGAAUAGUUGCACAAUUUCCAUUUUCGUCUGUGCUACAACGUAUGAGUGUAGUGACGAAAACUCUAGGAGAAAAGCGGAUGCAUGCCUACCUGAAGGGAGCACCUGAGACUGUGGCCAAGCUUUGCAAAGAGGACAGCAUUCCUGAGAAUUACUUGGAAGUGCUGGAUAGCUAUACACAGCAAGGUCUGCGAGUGAUUGCUCUGGCCCAUCGGAAACUAGAACAGAAGUUUACAUGGCACAAGCUGCAGAAUAUUAAUCGGGAUUUAAUAGAGUGUAACAUGGAGUUUCUGGGAUUGAUAAUGAUGCAGAACAAACUGAAGCCACAAAGUGUGCCUGUCCUGGAGCAACUGAGAAGAGCCUGCAUCCGGACAGUUAUGGUGACAGGGGACAGCAUGCUGACUGCAGUGUCUGUGGCACGUGAAUGUGGCAUGAUUCCGCCAAGUGGAAGAGUUAUUGUCACCAAGGCUUUGCCCCCACAUGAUGGGCAGCCUGCCACAAUUAACUGGAUUUAUAACGAUGAUACAUCACACCCAGAGGACAUAAAUAUCAUGACUGAGCAAGAUGAGUUAAUCAAGAAGAGGAAACUGAAGGACCUGGAAGCUGCAGAACACAGCCCAGCUGAGCCCAGCUAUCAUUUUGCAAUGAAUGGGAAGACUUUCUCUGUCAUCUUAGACCACUUCCCAGACCUUCUGCCCAAGCUGCUUCUGUGUGGGACAGUUUAUGCACGAAUGGCUCCAGAUCAGAAGACUCAGCUUGUUGAGGCUCUGCAGAAAGUGGACUACUAUGUGGGAAUGUGUGGUGAUGGGGCCAAUGACUGUGGGGCUCUGAAGCGUGCUCACGCUGGCAUCUCUCUCUCUGAGCUUGAGGCCUCCGUUGCCUCCCCAUUCACAUCAAAGACCCCUGACAUCUCUUGUGUGCCAGACCUCAUCAGGGAGGGCAGAGCAGCACUUGUUACCUCCUUCUGUGUCUUCAAGUUCAUGGCUCUCUACAGCAUCAUUCAGUAUCUGACCGUCUUGCUGCUCUACUCAAUCCUGAGUAAUAUGGGUGACAGGCAGUACCUGUUCAUCGACCUGGCUAUUAUCAUGACUGCUGUGUUCACCAUGAGUCUAAAUCCUGCAUGGACUGAGCUUGUACGCCAGCGGCCCCCAUCCAGCCUGAUCUCUACCCAGCUUCUUCUCUCUGUAGUGAUUCAGAUUCUUUUGUGUAUGGGAUUUCAGGUGUGGGUCUUCCUCCUAGUGAAGACCCAGCAGUGGUACUCUAUUUGGCAACCAGGCAUGAACGUCUGCAGAGAGAAUAUAUCAGAGGACAUGUGGGCCUGGAAUACAACCCUUCAUAAUACGACAGAAGAGGAAGAGGAGCACAAUGUUAAAAACUUUGAGAACACAACACUCUUCUUCAUUUCUUGUUGCCAGUAUCUGACAGUGGCCCUGACAUUCUCUAAAGGAAAGCCUUUUAGACAGCCCAUCUAUACUAACUAUUUGUUCCUUGGCUGCAUUGUGGUCAUGUAUACUUUCAUCCUCUUCCUUCUGCUUUACCCCAUCACAGCUCUUGAGGAAUUCUUUGAGCUUGUAUGUGUGCCAUUUGAGUGGCGGAUUACCAUGCUGUUUAUAAUUGCUGCCAAUCUUGCUUUGGCCCUCCUUCUUGAAAGCUGUCUUUGUAACUCCGGCCAACUGUGGCUGCGCCUUGUCUACAGUGAGAAGCGAGAGGACAUUAGAGUGGCUGCCCCUUACCCCCAGCUUGAACUUGACGAGGUGUCAGCUUCCUACGGCCGACGUUUCUGCUGCUGGCGAAAGGGAAAUACCCCGAAAGCCAAGUACAAAAGGCUGGCCCAGGAGUUAAUGCUGGACCCGGACUGGCCUCCUCGACCCAAGAGCAGCACUAAAGCACCCCCUCCUUUGUCGGCUAGCACCCUCCCUCAAGGAUGGCCUCCAGAGACUACCAACUUAUGACUAGAACUGCAAGCCAUUGUUUGUGAGUGGUCCCAGAGGGUCCAUUGUGGAGUUGGUUAGUGGAAGGAGUCUAGUUGUUGGACCAAAAAAGCAGUAUAACCAGAGUUUAAUUACUGCCACGCCAGAGGUAGGGGAGCACACAGCUACCUUCCAAACCUGUGCAGUGUGCCCAUUAAUCGAGGGGGCCAACUCUCAGUCCAUAUGGUCCACCAGUAUUCCUAUAAAUGCAAUGUCUUCAUUAUUAUAUUUGUUUGUAGUAGGAGAGCCUGAGCCAACGAUGCUGUCAUUUGUAAUUCAUGGGGGACCAGUCGUCAGAAAGGCCUCUUGUUGACCAGGACCAUUAUAUACAUUUUGCAUCACCGUCCAGAUAAUGUUUUUAAUUCUGCGGUUACAUACAAGCACACCAGAGGUAGCCACAUCUGUGCCUUGUGUUGUGCUUGUACCUGUAAUGACACUUGCAUUUAGACGAUCAAACAGUAGAUUAAAGGAAAAACUAUCGUAUCAAAGUCAAUCAAAAGAAAAGUUUUUAUAUUUAAAUAAUAUAUAAACUAGUGAUCAAACAAUCCAAACCAAAUGUUACAUAUCUAGAUUAUGUGAACGCAUUCUUUUCUCUGCUCCGAUGAUAUUCAGUUUAUACCAGACUGGCUGGGUACAGUAGGCACCAACCUGGGCAAAGCAGUACUUAGUUAAUGUGUACUGUGGACGCUGUAGAGUGUGGCCGUCCAGCCAGUUUUAGACAUUAUUUUGUAGUUCUGGUUCUGCUAAUAACGAACGCCUUUAGUACAGAAUUGACUUCUGGACUUUGUGUUUUUUUUUAUUAUGAAAGAGGAGCACUUACUAAAACUUCCUAAUUAACCUGUCAUCCCCUGGAUAGUUUCAGGUCUCCUGUAGAGUCUGUGGCUGUGUGGCAGUACGUCACCCCGGCUGGUGCAGAGAUUCAGUCUUACAGCAGAAGAAGCAGCAGCUCUGAUUAAAAGGUCAACCUGCCCUCGAGGUCCCUGUCUAAUAGAGACUCACUUAUUUUAACCUCAUUUGCUCCAUGUUGGUGAAGCAAGUGUUUAAUCCCUUCCAUUUUAGAUAUGUGUGCUUGAUCCACUUAAGUUUUGUUGGUGAGGCUUCAGAAAAUGGACUGACUAGAACUGCAAUUUAAGUUUAAAGUCUGGUGAUUUAGGGAUGAGGCAUCUCAACCCAAUUAGAUGUUUCCAUCUUACAAGGCACUUCCAUGAUACCUUCCAGUAGACACCAAUUUUGGUGAUCACUCAUUCAGAGGGAAACCUGGACUGAGGCAGAACCUAUUAUCCAGAGAAUGCUCAUUGAGACCUCCUAGGAGACCACAGUGCCCCCUUUCAUGUUCUUUUCAUCUGGCCAGGGGACACUAUCUUUUCUAGCCUCUUGAAACUGGUAUUUCCUAAACGUUAGCCAUGUUCUGUGGGGCACCUGUAAAUGCUUCUACCUCUUCUGUGGCACAACACUGCGUCUCCUUCAUGCCCUCUAAUCGCUUAUCUGCACCCAGUAACCACUUGUUGAUGGUCUCCAUAAAGAUAACCCAGAAACUGCAGAUUUUUUGCAGAUUUGUAUCCAAAGACAAGGCAGUUGAGCAGCACUGUGCACAGACAUGUUUGUAGAAGCAGGGGUGCGGUUCAGCCAAAGCACAACAAAGUCAAUUUUUCAUGCGGGUGGUGCUUACAGAGACAUUGUUUUUAAUACAGACCACACAUGGUGGUGGCACAGGGCCUGAGCCCUAAAUAUGACUAAACUGUAAUAUAGGCAUGCUGCUGAAGCGAAUGCGUAAGGUCGUGUGCACAGGUACCAUCGGUUCCUGUUUGAAAUGUAGACAUUUAACAAGUGCACACAACAAUGAGUGUAAGACAUUGGCUUCUUACAGGCCAUUGAUGCAAUGCUCUUUGUUGUUCUUGAGCGGAGAUGGCACCUGCAGAAAUGUUCUUUGUAUAGCAGAACCUACUUGGACUUGGGAAGGGGGUGCAUUCUCUUUAUGUAUAGCAACUUUUUUUUUCUUUGUCUUUUGUUAAAAUUAAUUAUUUUAAAUUAUUUUAUCUGCUGAGAAGCAAACCAGUAUGGUUAAUUAUGGUACAAAGCACCUUUAUAAAAAGGUGGUAGCAUGCACUGAAGAGAAGAAAGAUUUUAAUUAUAAAAGAAAUUCUACCAAUGAAACUUGGCAACUUCAAUACAUUUCUGAAAUUCUUUUA